AUUUUGAAAAACGAUUUCCUUUCCUUAUUUUCUCUCUCUCUCCCUCUCAUUUAUAGGAAAGAAUCUUAUCACCCAAAACCCUAGACAAAAAACCCUAACCUCUUAUCUCCAAUCUCUUCAUCUUGAACCCUAAAACAAAAAAAAUCAAUGGCGAAGAAGAAACAAUCGCAGCAGCAACAAGAAAACCAUCAGGAGACAGAAACACAGACACAAGAAAUCGAAAAGCCUAAAAAAAUCCCGAUGGAAGAGAUUGAAAAUCCAGCUGAGAAACUAAGGAAUCUGAAAGCGUUAAAUGAAAUGCUGGUGAAAAAAACAGUUGAGAACAGAGAGCAAAUCAAUACGUUGCAGAAAUCCAAAUUAGAACUCGAAUCUGAGAUUUCUCGGUUUCAGACUGAGACUCAGAAGUUUGAGACGGAGAAGAAGGAGCUUGAAGGUAAAGUGGUGGAGGUGAAAUCUGAAAUGGAGAAUGAAAUAGAGAAGGUUAAAGUUGAAGUGGAAGAGAAAGUGAAAGAAGGGGAUCAGUUGAAGAUGAAGAUUAAAGAGUUGGAGAACGAGAAACUGGAUGAAAUCGAACGGUUGAAAUCGAAGUAUGACGGUGUUGUGGAAGAGAAAUCUGAGUUGCAAGACGAAAUCAACAAGUUGAAGAAAUCUGUGGAUCUUCUUAAUGGAGAUCUUGUUCAUGACAGAGAAGUUGUUUCUGAAUUGGAAACGAUUCAGAAGAAACUCGACGUUCAGGUUAAGGAAUCCAAGUAUCUGAACGGGAAAAUCAGCGAGUUGGAGAAGAAUGAAGUGUUGCUUCAGAAGAAACUCGACGUUCAGGACAAAGAAUCCAAGAAUCUCAAAGUGAAAAUUGGCGAGUUAGAGAAGAGCGAAGUGUUGCUGCAGAAGAAACUCGACGGUCAGGACAAAGAAUCCAACAAUCUGAAAUCAAAAAUCAGCGAGUUAGAGAAGAGCGAAGUGUUGUUGCAGGAGAAACUCGACGUUCAGGACAAAGAAUCGAAUAAUCUGAAAGCAAAAAUCAGCGAUUUAGAGAAGAACGAACUAUUGCUUCAGAAGAAACUCGACGUUCAGGACAAAGAAUCCAACAAUCUGAAAGUGAAAAUCAGCGAGUUAGAGAAGAACGAAGUGUUGCUUCAGGCGAAACUCGACGUUCAGGGUAAAGAGUCCGAGAAUCUGAAAGCGAACAUCAGCGAGUUCGAGAAGAAGGAACUGUUGAUUCAGAAGAAACUCAGUGAGGUAGAAAUGGCAAAUGAAAAGCUUGUCGAAGGAAAGAAAGAUAUUGAGAAAACUUUAGAAUCUGUGAAAAGCGAGAAGAAUUCGGUUGAGAAGAAGUUGGCCCAGUCUUUGAAAGCGUGUGAUGAUUUGAAGCAAGAGAAGGAAGGGGUUGUAUUGCAGAAGGAGAAUAUUGAGAAGAACAGAGUUUACCAGUUGGAGAAAAUUAAUGAUUUGGAGAAACAUGUUCAGGAGCUUGUUGCAACGAUUUCUUCAUUGGAGAAGAAUGAUAAGAUUCUGAAAAAGAAGGUCGCGGAAGAAAAGAAGGAAAGGGACGAAGCAUUUGAAAGUUUAUUGGGUGAGAAAGGUUUGAUUGAACAGAAGUUGGUUGAUUCGGGGAAGAUGGUCGAGGAAUUGAAACGAGAGAAGGAAGAAAUUGCUGUAGAGAAGAGUAAGAUUGAGAAGAACAGGGCGGAUCAGUUACUGAAAGUAGCUGAUAUGGAGAAGUAUGUUGAGCAGCUUGUUGCAACUGUUGCGUCGUUGGAGAAGAAUGAUAAGAUGUUGAGAAAGAAAGCUGCAGAAGAAAAGAAGGAAAGGGAUGAAGCAUUUGAAGGUUUAUUGGGUGAGAAAAGUUUGAUUGAGCAGAAAUUGGUUGAUUCGGGGAAAAUGAUCGAGGAGUUGAAGCGAGAGAAGGAAGAAAUUGUUGCGGAGAAGAACAAGAUUGAGAAGAACAGGGCCGAUCAGUUACUGAAAGUAGCUGAUAUGUCCAAGUAUGUUGAGCAGCUUGGAGCUACUAUAGCUUCAAAGGACAAGAACGACGCGCUUUUGCGAAAGAAAGUUGAUGAAAUGGAGAAAGGCUAUACCGAAGCUUUAGAGAAACAACAACUGUUGAAAGUGGAAUUGGAUUCAGAAAGAAAGAAAGUGAAGGAAAUUGUUGAAGAGAAAGAUGUUAUUGAGAGAACUAAGAUGAAGAUGCAAAAUGAGGUUGAAGAGCUUCGGAAUGAAUUGGGUGCGCUUGAAAUGUCGGUUUCUCAGCUUGAGAAGUCUUACAAAGAUCAAAUGGAUUCUAACAAGCAUCUGAAGUCAGAGGUUGGGUCUUUGAAUGAUAAUCUCAAAAGGGUUGCUGCUGAGAAGAGUGAAAUUCAGAAGGAACUUGAGUUGAAGAAAAAGGAAGAGUCGAGUUUGAGUUUGAAAGUGAAGGAAUUGCAAAAGAGUAUGGAUGAUUCAGUGAAGGAGCUUGAGUUGAAGAAAAAGGAAGAGUCGACUUUGAGUUUGAAAGUGAAGGAAUUGCAAAAGAGUAUGGAUGAUACAGUGAAGGAGAUUGAGAUGCAAAAGAAAGGAACGGGUUCGCUUUCUGGUGAAAUGAAGAAGCUGGAAACUCGGUCAGAAAUGUUGAUUAAAGAGAAGUCAUUACUAGAGAAGAAAUUGGAUGAAGUUGAAAAGGGAAACCAAAGUUUGACUUCAAAGAUGAAGUCUGCUCAAAUGAAUGCUGAGAAGGCUUUGUUGAUGUUGAAGGAUGCUGUGGAAGUAAUGUGCGGAGCUGAAGAUGAAGAGAGGGAAGCAACUGUGGAAUCUGAUAUUGAUAUGAAGAAAACCGAGAAAGAUAUCCGACCAUUUGCAUCUGAGUUGGAAAGUAUCAGAAAGGCUUUCAAGAGUAAGGAUAAGAAACUGGAAGAAAUGACUCAACAGAUUGAGAACCUGAAGAAGUCUGCUACGAAGAGUUCUAACAUUUGGGCAUUGGUAUCUUCUGCGACCACUAUCUUUGCUGCAGCAUCUGCGACUUACAUUGCAAGAGGACGGUAUGGCAAAAAGAGUCCGCACACUGAAAUCCUUAGGAUGGUAAGUGUUGUUUUAUCUUCAAUAAGUGUGAAACUUUCUUUUGAGUCCCUACUAAUUGUUUUUUUCCUGUGAAUGAGUGUAGUGUUAAUCUCAUUUGCAUGAAUAUCACUCUUCCAUCCAUUUCUCUCUAUAAUUUGUAUGUAUGGCAAAAAGAUUCGGCAAACUGAAAUACUUGUUUGGUGUUGUUUUAUCUUCAAUAUCGAUGUUAGCUUUCUUUUGAAUCUGUGAAUGAAUGUAUUGAUAAUCCAAUUUGCAUUAGUUACUGUUUCCCUGUGAAUGAAUGUAGUGAUAAUCCAAUUUGCAUCGGUUUCACUCUUCCUUCCAUUCCUCUCUAUAAUC